AUGGCUACCCCUAGUGUCCUCGCUUUUGACGCUGAGGGUAGGGCCAUUGACUUUGACGUCUGGAUAGAUGACCUGCAACUUUUCUUACAGUGCGAUAGGGCAGACGGUCUCUCCCUCUUUGACCUCACUUCUGGUGCCUCUCCUGCCCCCGCUGCUGAUGCUGACGCCAUUGUUCGCUCACAGUGGGCCACACGCGAUGCUGCUGCACGUCUUGCUGUGCGUCGCCACCUGCCUACCACUGAGCGUGCGCACUUUAGUCAGUUCAAGAGUGCUCAGACCUUGUACAGCGCUGUAGUUGCACGCUACUCCUCCCCUGCCACUGCUGCACUGAGACGCCUCAUGCUACCGUACCUCUUCCCUGACCUUGCUGCCUUUCCCACAGUCGCUGACCUCAUUACGCACCUCCGCACUAGUGACACUCGAUACCGCGCUGCGCUUCCUGCUGAGUUCUGCGCCAAGAACCCUCCCCCCCCAUUUUACCCCACCACUCUCACCGUUGACCUCCUCGAGAAGGCCCUCCUAGCAGCAGAGAAGAGCAUAGUCGCUGUAGGAGCCUCUCGUGGUGACCCUCGCACCCCCAUCUUUGAGGGGUGUUCCCCCUCCCCUCUUUUGCCCUCUGUUGCCUCUGUUGCUGCGGCCGACCUCGUUGGUCUGGAGUCGGUCGGUGCGGCGUCUACCCCUAGCAGGAAGCGCCGCCCUGGCAAGGGCAAGGGGGGCAGGGGCGCAGGAGGAUCUAGCAGGGGCGGUGGAGGCGGUGGUGGAGGCGGCGGAGGGAGUGGGGGUGGCAGUGGGGGUGGUGGCGGGGGUGGAGGUGUCAGUGGCGGCGGUGGAGGCGGUGGCGGCGGCGGCGGUGGCGAUGGGAGCGGAGGUGGAGGAGGUGGUGGCGGUGGAGGAGGCGGUGGCGGAGGAGGUGGAGCUGGUCGGGGUGGCGCUGCGCAGAGGGUCAGCUCCGGUGGUGGUCAGCGCAAGCAGCAGCAACAGCGCACUCGUGACAUCCACCCCCCUCAGCAGCUCCGUGAGUGGUACGCUGCACGCCAGCGGGGUGGGGGUACUGGUCCGUGCACCUACGUCCUACGCACCCGCGACCGCGCGGCUAUCUUUGACCUUGACUUUGAUGCUAUUCUUGCUGCCAUGUAUGCUGUGACUAGUAGUGAUGAAGGUGACUACUACCGGUGUUUUCCGCCCGACCCGGGCAUUGAGACUGCUGCUCAAGGUACUGGUGAGGCUACUGCUCUAGGUGCUAGCGAGGCUGCUGCUCUAGGUGCUAGUGCGUCUGCUUCCUCAGGUGCUGGUCAGCCUGCGCUCUCAAGUACCGCGUCGGCUUCGGCCUCCCUCACCUUCACCCUUGACUCGGGGGCUUCUCGCUCCUUCUUUCGAGACCGCACCACACUCACGCCGCUUGGUCGGCCAGUUGCAGUCUCUCUGGCAGACCCCUCUGGGGGUCCUGUCCUUGCUCAUUUCUCAACUGUCCUCCUGUGUCCGGCGGCUCCCUCGGGCACCCUGUCUGGUCUUUACCUCCCCUCGUUCUCUACGAACUUGGUGAGUGGUGCUGACCUACAGGAUGGGGGAGUUCACCAGUUCACUCCUGCGAGCCAGCGGGUGACCCACUGCACGGACGCUCGGACGGGCCGACACUUGGCCACGUUUACACGUCGGCCGGGGUCGAGCCUGUACACACAGACCACUGCGUCUCCCCCUGUCCCUGCGUCUGGUCUGGUAGCUGCGUCAGGUCAGGUGUUUGCUGCAGCGUCCAGGUCUGGUCCUGAGUCUGCCCCCUGCUCGUGUCGCCUCCUGUCUCACGAGACUCUCCUCUUGCACCACCGCCUUGGUCACCCCUCCCUGCUUCGACUCCGAGGCAUGGCCUCCCGUGUCGUUGUCUCUGGUCUUCCCUGGUCCCUCCCUCCCCUUCCUCUGGGGCCUGGCCCUACCUGCGUCCCCUGUGUCCAGGGGCGGCAGCAGGCUUCCCCUCACUCCUCCCAGUUUCCUCCGACAGAGGCCCCGCUGCAGACGCUUCACAUGGACGUGUGGGGCCCGGCCCGCGUCCGUGGACAAGGUUACGAGCGCUACUUCCAGCUGGUGGUUGACGACUACUCGCGUUACACCACAGUCUUCCCCUUGCGCAGCAAGGGUGAUGUCACUGAGGUGCUAAUCCACUGGAUCCGCGAAGCUCAUCUCCAGCUUAGGCAGAGCUUCGGCUCGGACUUUCCUGUUCUACGUCUGCACUCGGACAGAGGCGGAGAGUUCUCCUCUGGCCUUCUGCGAGCCUACUGUCGUGCACGAGGCAUCCGCCAGACCUUCACGCCUCCGGACUCUCCACAGCAAAAUGGGAUUGCUGAGCGCCGCAUUGGCAUGGUCAUGGACGUCGCCCGUACGUCCAUGAUGCAUGCGGCUGCCCCCCAUUUUCUGUGGCCGUUUGCGGUUCGGUACGCGGCGCAUCAGAUCAACCUUCACCCCAAGGUCUCAAUGCCGGAGACCUCCCCAGCUUUGCUAUGGACGGGGAAGGUUGGCGAUGCGUCUGCGUUCCGUGUCUGGGGAUCUCGGGCGUUUGUCCGCGACUUCUAUGCGGAUAAGCUGUCCCCUCGUGCUGCUCCUUGCGUCUUCCUCGGCUUCCCCCCUUACGCGCGAGGGUGGCAGUUCUACCACCCCACCUCUCGCCGUGUUCUGUCCUCCCAGGACGUCACGUUUGACGAGUCGGUCCCCUACUACCGCCUCUUCCCCUACCGCACUCCGUCCCUCCCCCCGCCACCGCUCUUCCUUGUACCAGGUCCCCCCCCGGUAGACCCCCUCCCCCCUCAGGGUCCAGCCCCUUCAGGUGUGUCCCAGGUAGACGGAGUCGAGCCUGUCGAGGUUACUGGUGACUCUGGUGCUGCUGAGGGUGCUGAGCCUGGGGGUGCUGACACUGGGGGUACUGUGACUGGCGGUGCUGAGCCUCGGGGUGCUGAGCAAGGGAGACCCGGAUGCACUUGA